GCUCAACGCCGCCGCCAACUCACGCCAUUCCUCAUCAACCCCGAUUGAACUCCGACCCUACUUCCACCAACUCGCCAGAUCGACCGUCACCGCCCUCCGAAAAAAAAACCCCAAAAAAAAACCAGCACACAAGCAUCUCCACAAAAUGCCACCAAAAAUCACGGCAAGCAACCUCUCCUACGACCAGAACCUCCCGCCCUUCCUCGCCCGCCUGCGCGGCCAGCACCCGUCCUCGUACUCGGAAGGCCCGGAUCCGAUUUUGGCCGGCCGGCGACGCGCGGUCAAGAAGCGAUCCGGCAGCGAGGAGGCCGAGGACGCGCCCGUGGUCGUCGACGAGCGCGGCGACGUCGUCUCAGACGUGCGCGUCGGCCUCGACGGGUCCGCCGUGCGCACCGUCGCCGGACAGGAAGGGGUUGAGGUGGGGCCCAGCAAGGCCGGCGAGGGACAGCCCAAGGAGGGAGAGGAGGAGGAGGAGGAGGCCGCGGGCGCAAAGAGGAAGCGCAAGGCGGCCGUGGGCAGGGUCAUAGGUGGUGGGGAGGAGGAGGAGGGGGGCGGCGACGAAGACGGCAGGGGCGAGAGCAGGGGGAAGAAGAAGAAGCCCACCGACGGCGCGGACCCGAAACAGAAACAGCAGUCGACGGCGGCGGCACCACCAGCAGGAGCAGCAGCAGCAGCGGCAGGUGGGAAGCAGGCCGGCGGCGCGGGCAAGGAAAAGAAGAAAAAGGCGAAAAAGAUCAAGCUCAGCUUUGGCGACGACGCCGACUGAAAGGGGUGUGUCGCGAGGCACAUUCAAAACCUCUCUUGCCGUGUCGGGCGUCCGCCCGCUGGUGGUCAUGUUCGGACGUUGCGAUGCGCAAUGACUGCUGCAAAACCAUGGCUGCCGGCUCGCCCCAAGCAGGCGAGCUAGCUCUACCGGACGAUUGGCAGACCCCAUCCACACACACACAGCCCACCCAUACCUGGGUGAUUAGUAGAGCGAAGGCGCUGGCCUACGUGCUGCAGGGCUGCCUAUAUCUAUAGUCUGCGACGAUCGUGGCCCGUUGGCGUCCGGAACCCUUUGGACGCGGCACUGCGCUAGACUCGGACCGGCUGAAAACCGCGCCUGAUGACGUCGCCUCCUUCUGGCCCUCCUUCAAGCCGAAGAGCAUCAAACAUAGCUGCAUCACACAUCACAAGGCCAGCGAGCGAACACAUAGAUCUACGCACUUCCACUUCCCUGCGGACUAUUCUACAGUGUGAUGUCCCUCCUCCCAUUGCCCUA